AGGAUCCCUUCUCUGCAUUUCCUUGUGAGUGAAUUUCCUGUGUGAAAAAUGCCUUCGGCGGAAGUUGUUGUGAAUAAGGUGAUUGUCCAUCCACUGGUGCUGCUCAGUGUGGUGGAUCACUUCAAUAGAAUGGGCAAAAUUGGGAAUCAGAAGCGUGUUGUUGGUGUCCUCCUUGGGUGCUGGCGUGCCAAGGGGGUGCUGGAUGUGAGCAAUAGCUUUGCCGUGCCCUUCGAUGAGGACGACAAGGAGAAGUCUGUGUGGUUCCUGGAUCACGACUACCUGGAGAAUAUGUAUGCAAUGUUCAAGAAGGUGAAUGCCCGCGAGAGGGUUGUUGGAUGGUACCACACUGGGCCGAAGCUGCAUCAGAAUGACAUCGCCAUCAAUGAGCUAAUCCGACGGUACUGCCCCAAUUCCGUGCUUGUCAUCAUUGAUGCCAAACCCAAGGAUCUCGGGCUACCCACGGAGGCAUAUCACGCCGUGGAGGAGGUUCAUGACGAUGGGACACCCACAUCGAAGACAUUUGAGCAUGUUCCGAGUGAAAUUGGUGCCGAGGAAGCGGAGGAAGUGGGUGUUGAGCACCUCCUGAGGGAUAUCAAGGAUACAACGGUGGGGAGUCUGUCGCAGAAGAUUACGAAUCAACUGAUGGGACUCAAGGGGCUAAAUCAGCAACUACGGAAUAUCCAGAAGUAUCUCGUGAAGGUGGGAAAUGAUCAGUUGCCUGUGAAUCAUCAGAUUGUCUAUCAACUCCAGGAUAUUCUCAAUCUCCUUCCUGACAUUACGCAUGACAACUUCACGGAUACACUGUACAUAAAGACGAAUGAUCAGAUGCUGGUGGUUUACCUUGCCUCCCUUGUACGCUCCAUCAUUGCCCUCCAUAAUCUCAUCAACAACAAACUCACCAAUCGAGAUGCCGAAGAAGGUAAAAAGGAGGAUGGCAAGGAGAAGAAGGAUAAGGAGAAUAAAGAACUGAAGGAUGGUAGUGGCGCAAAGAAGGACAAGGAAGACAAAGAGGGUGAAAAGAAGGAGAAGCAAAAGGAAGAUAAAAAGAAGUAAAAAGAAUUUUUCUCGCUACUAUUUUGUACUCUAAUUUGCUUCAAGAUCAUAAUAAAUUAAUCCAAAUUACUUUAA